AUGAACAAGGGCGAGAGCACAGUGAGAAGGCUAGAGAACGGGCGAAACUCCAAUACGUUAGGCGGGCGCCAAACUUCCGACCCCAACGAGGACGAAGUGACGGAGGACGCGCCGGAGGAGCCCGUGGGUUCCCAUUACCCUAAGAUAAAGAGGCCGUCGAUUUUCAACGAUUUAAGCGAGAGCAAGCCCGAGAGUGCCCAUACUUCGGCCCCCGCAAAGUCGCCUACCUCACCCACCAGCGGGAAUAAAGUCAAAUCCAAUCGUCAAAGUCUUGGUAGUCCAGGAGUCAAAGGUGUUCUUCUUGAAACAUGGAGGGACUCCACUGUACCGGAUAACGACAGAGAACACGCCGUUAUUGAAUUUAUCGACGUCAGAGAUCGCCUGCGAACUUGCAUUCGGCCCAACCCCAAAUAUGCGGAGUCAUUGGAAGAAGACUACCCCCUUUGUCACACACACGAUUGCUUGAAUGAGCGACUUGACCUUGACACCCUUCCUCCCGGCCCCGGUGGAAGUUGGGUCACCUUUGAGCGCGUUAUCUUUUCCGACCAUCUAGUUGGCUUGGAUCACUUGCAAGUCAAGGAAUACACUCGGGUUCGAUCAGAGGUGGCGCCAGAAGAAACCAACGAAGCUCGCGUUGAGGCUGAGCACGCCGCUGUUGAGGAAGCCAAACGUCGUGUCAGCGAGUACCCGGCUCUGGAGAAUCCUUUGCAGGUCGCAUACGGUGUCGAUGUGCCGGGAAAGUCAGCCCCCAUCUGCCCGGACUUGAAGCGCAGGAGAGUUAGCGGCGGGUUUGCCGCAAUCAACCCAGCACCACCCGAGAUUGCUCCCGAGCCGGCCGCCAUUCCAACUCCGCAGCAGUCUAUUGCAGCUCACCAAACCCGGUUCUCGAUUGACCCACUGCCGGGGACAAGGCCGACGCGCAUCCUUAUGGGAUAUUGGAACCUGUCCAGUGAGGCCGACCCCAAGGAUCGCCACGCUGUAUAUGGCAUCUUGGGGCAGAACGACGCGUUCCGCGUUAAGGUGUAUCAGUUGGACCGUGGCGAAACAUCCGCUGAAUGCAUUGAAAACAAGACCAAGGCCGUUUACGAAGCGCAGACCCGGGCCGGUACAAUGCCGUAUAAGCAACCUCACAAUGUGACAGUUCCGACGUUUACGGCCUCGCCGCAAGGAGAUGGCGAUGAGCGCAUAAACGGACGACACGGCUACGGCGGUCAUGAGCCCCGUCAAUCGCAUCGAACCGAGCCGGGACCCAUCCGAGCCUCACUCAGCGAGAACGAACUUCGCCCCAACCGGCUCCAGAGUACAGAAGCCGCUGAGAGAACCAACGCCUUAGCACGACGUGGAAUUGCAAGAGCGGAAGCCGCCCAAAGUCGUGCGGACCGUCAUGCCGUCCACAGAGAACGUGCAGCGGCUGCUGCUGCUGCCGAUGCUGCUGCCUCCAGCAUGCCUCUUGAACACCCUCACAGCACCAACGGCAGAAUGCUGUUCCACGAGUCAGAUGAUAUGCAGCGGCUGAAUAAAGUUUGGGCCCGACAGGAGACGCUUCGCAUGAAGGGCGGUCCGGAUGAUGCCAAAAUUUACGACGGCAUAAAAUACGAGCGAAAGGCGACUGGACCUUUCAUGGGGAAGCUUGUAUCGCAGGGCGUGAUUAUCAAUAUCGAUGGUGAGGAUUAUGUCGAAUACCGCGUUCUCACCAAACCCUCGUUCUUCUAG